AUAGCAUUUGCUGCCAGGUACUGGGUUAAACUGUAAAAGCAGAGGUGUACCAACUGGCCGAGUUUCUGGCUAAGAUGGGAAAAGCUCAGUCAUGUGUUCAUUCUGUUCAGGCGGGUGCGCAGUGAAGCUGAGUGGUUGGUACUGCGGCUCUGUGCCGGGACACUGAGGUGUUGAUACAUCCAAUACCUGCCUGUGUGUGUCUGCCUCUCUGUGUGUGUGUGUGUGUGUUCCUUUGCCACGUUUACUCUGCAGACAAAGCGACAUCCAAAAACCACUGUGUUGGCUGCUCCGAGUUUUUAUUUGUUAAGGUGACCGGAAUAUUCACUGGCGCCUGUUCCUGUGAUGAAUCGGGAGGUGGGAGGAGACCACUUUCUGCGGGUGAAAUGUUGAGUGGAGCGCAGCCCGUGAACCGGCUUGUUGUAAAGGAGGGAGAGGAUUUCACAAACAGAGUCGACAUGGCAGCCGUGGACAAUCUGAAGAUCUCUGAGGCCGAGAUGGAGAGCUACUAUUUGCUGUGCAGUGCCUGUUUACUGCUGGAAUCCACAGUGAGAAAUGACUUUGUACCUGAAAUCGUAAACUCCAUUUGUGCAAAAAGUAUUUCUGAGGAUCUGAAGAAAAAGUUUGCUUUCCUUCCAGGUGCACGUGGAAAGGAUGAUGCUGUGAUUAUUACUUUCCCUGAGUGCCCCAGCUUCAGUGAGAUUCCAAGCGAGGUCAUUGAGAAGGUUCUGACGUACUUGACUGCUAUUCCAAGUAUUCACAAACCGGAAAUCAAGUUCAUCAUUAUCUUGGACAGGCGCCUGGAUACGUGGACGUCCAUCAAAGCAGCUCUGGUCCAGAUUGCGGCCACGUGUCCAGAAAACCUGCAGCUGGUGCUGGUCCUGCGCCCCACCGGAUUCUUCCAGCGUGCCAUCUCUGACAUUAGCUUCCGAUUCAAUCAGGAUGACUUUAUCCUGAAACUCCCAGCUAUCGAGAGCUUCGCUGUGAUGGUGAAGGAGAUUGCGCAGAUGCUGCAGGCAUUUGGAACAGAUCUGGCUGAAGCUGAGCUGCCCGAUAAUUUACAUUCUGUAGAGGACCUACUGAUUGCCAGAACUGAGAAAUAUAAUCAGCUUAAGAAUGAUGUUCAAAGGGUAAUUAAGGAGGGUGACCUACUCCUGACCAACCUCACGGAGCCUGACAGUAAUGCACAGUGUAUGAUGGAGAAAGAUGGAGACCGAGCGACAGUGAAAAGACUCCUUGCCCAGUUGCAUGAGAUGGAGAUGGCUUUUGAUGGCUUUUGGGAAAAGCAUCUGCUUAAACUUGAACAGUGUCUACAGCUGUGGAGAUUUGAACAAGCUUUCGAAGAGGUAAAAGCUGCCUUGGAUUAUUUAGCAUCUGAGGGUGGAGAUAUUCCAGAAACUGGUGACAAUGUGGCUCAUUCGGAACAAGCUCUUCGAGAGUUAAGUAACUUUGAUGAACAAUCUCAGGAACUAAUUGACAAUGCCCAACUGCUGCUUUCACAAGGAGACCAGUUGAUAUCCAAUCACCAUUACGCAGAGGAUUUAAUCCGCGAGAAAUGCAAGGAACUCCGCCACUGCUGUGAUGACCUGCUUGAUGAAAUGAGGAGCAAAUACGUCACCCUUAACAAAUCACUGGAGCUUCACACUCAGCUGCAGCAGGGUCUGCAGUGGUGUGAUGAAGGUGCAUAUCUCCUCGCCUCUCAGCCCAUGGACAAGUGUCAGUCACAGGAAGGAGCAAAGAGAGCGCUGCAAGAAAUCGAGAAAUUUCUAGAAAGCUCAGGAGACUACCUACAGUGUGAUCCUGAAGAGUUAUACAGUGAAUUUGGACUCAUCCUCACAACACACAUUAAGGCCCAGAUCCAGAUGGUUCAUGAGAAGCUGGAAAACGUGCACGCAAUGUUCGAGCAGCGACAAUUGUCCCUGAAGAAACUGGCUGUCAAACAGGCCCGUCCUGUUCAACCGGUAGCACCACGACCAGAACCCUCUGCUCUGUCUUUAAAGAGCCCUUUCAAUUCACCGAAACACGCAGUGGAUUCGAGUUCUGGGUCGAAAUUCCCGUUUGACAUUUCCCUGUAUGGAAAGAGAAACUCCAGAAAACCGCAGAAUGCAAAGAAGAUUGAGGUUAUGCAUGAAAUCAGUCAAACAAGAAAUGCAUUGUACUCCCUAAAUUCCGAAAGUGAUGACAGCGUGGAAAUCUUAAAAGGGCACGUGAUAAAUGAGCUGAUCGAGACGGAGCGUGUGUAUGUGGAGGAGCUGAGCAGUGUGCUUCAGGGUUACAAAAUGGAGAUGGACAAUCCAAUGAUGAUAUCUCUCAUGCCGUCCUUAUUGGAGAACCAGAAGGAGGUAUUGUUUGGGAAUAUGUCAGAGAUCUAUGAUUUUCACAGCAGGAUUUUUCUUAAUGACCUUCAGAACUGCAUCGAGAUGCCAGAGAAAGUAGGAGUCUGCUUCCUUCAGAGGAGGGAGAAUUUCCAAAUGUAUGUGAAAUACUGUCAGAACAAGCCACGCUCAGAACAUCUCUGGAGACAGUGCUCAGACUGUCCCUUCUUUCAGGAAUGUCAACGUAAACUAGACCAUAAACUUGGGCUGGACUCAUACUUACUAAAACCCAUUCAACGGUUAACAAAGUACCAGCUAUUACUGAAGGAAUUAUUGAGGUUCAGCAGUAAUGGUGAAGGAACCCAGGAGUUACAUGAAGCUCUCACAGCUAUGUUGAACUUACUGAAGUCAGUGAAUGACUCCAUGCACCAGAUUGCUAUCACAGGAUAUAAUGGCAACCUGGAAGAAUUUGGUCCACUUUUGAUGCAGGGCUCGUUCAAUGUCUGGAUCAACCACAAGAAAGGUCCCACCAAAAUGAAGGAUCUCGCUCGCUUCAAACCCAUGCAACGCCACCUAUUCCUUCACGAGACAGCACUUCUGUUCUGUAAGAAACGCGAGGAGCAUGGAGAAGGUUAUGACAAAGCACCUUCUUACAGUUUCAAACAUUUCUUAAAAAUGAGCGCUGUCGGAAUCACGGAGAAUGUUAAAGGAGAUCGGCGGAAGUUUGAAGUCUGGAACAGUGGCCGUGAAGAAGUGUAUCUCAUUCAAGCUCCAUCAGUCGAUGUUAAGAUGGCCUGGUUGAGUGAGAUGAGGAAAGUACUAACAAAUCAACAGAGGCUCCUUCGAGAAGACAGCCAAUCUCAUCAUCAUCUUACAGAUCAGAUUCUUCUAUCCCCAGGGAAACAGAAAACAGCCUCUUUAAGUUCGGAGGAAAACGAUUCUGAGCUGACAAAUCCUGUGAUUUUAGAAAACUUCUCUCUGUCCCCUCAGCAUCUUUCAACACGGAAAGACUGGGCCGGGACUUUACGUUAUGUUGAAGCCUCUGAGGGAAAUGAUGGCUGGUCCAGUAACAAUGACACUGAGGAAGAGGAUUCAAAUCAACUGUCCCCUGGGAGGUACAAAGCUCGCACAGAUGGCAAAACCCUGGAUUCUGAUGAGCUGUUGAUCAAAACUGGAGAUGUUGUCCAGUUAAUGCAUGAGAAUGGUGAAGGACAAUGGUUUGUGAAAAACCUGAACCGGGGGCAGCAAGCGUGGAUUUCUGUCAACAGUCUCCAAAUUAUUGUUGGUGAUUGUUGCUCUCAAACCUCCAGCUCAUCAGGUUUGGAUAUUCAUAAGAUAAGGAAAGUCAGUUCAUCGCCCUGACCAGAACAAUGCAGGGUUGCCAGUCCCUGGGACAUUCUCCAUAUAGCAAUCCUCUCUUUCCCAUCAAACAGCUUCACCAUAUCCAGGUUUCCUCUGUGUCGGAGGAUCUUUGCAGGUAGAAUGUUGCUCCAUAUGUACUUCAUGACACUCGUCAGCAGGGACCAAUGAGAUCCCAGUCCCAUAAAUCAUAGACCAGGUGGAAAGCAAGGUCAUUGUGCAAUAAUUCGGAGAAGGAUUGUGAAGGUGCGACUUUGUGAGCUUCGAGGUAGUGGAGGUCGUUCAGUGAUGGAACGAUGAGCAGGUUCUGGACCUCUUACUGUCAUUUCAGUCAAAGGGGCCGCCAAUCUGGGCACAGCCUCACUGGCUGCUGCGUUCUCCUGGCUGAACUCAUGGUGUACUCAAGGAGAAGACGCUCCUGGUUCUGUAAUUGCUGAAUAUUUAAUGUGUGGAUGCGUGAUCAUUCUGAGGAAAUGUUGUUCACGUAAUCCAUAUUUUUAAUCUUGUGUUACACAGAAAAAUAAUGUAACUGUGCAAGUUCUGUGUUUUUCUCGAUUACACACGCUGACAUUGUUGAUGAUCAUUUAUACGUAAUUAUGACUUUCACAAGGCUUCUUAUGGAAGUAUUUAGAAUGUUGGUAUGUUUUCAUACUUUAAUUUCUGUUUGCAAACAAGGGAUCAGGAUCCCAGCAUUUCUCAUUGGCCUGAAACCCAUGACCCAUUAUUACUUUUGUACUUGGCAGCUCAUGUCCACUGCAGUUU